UUCUAAUUCCUGCAUCAAAUAUUUUCGGCUGCCUCGGAAUCUCUCAGCCUCCACUCCACCGGAAAUUGGCCUAAAAUUGUUUCGCAUAAUUGGAGGUGCAGAAGAAAUAAUCUCAGGUGGUUUUUUUGUGAAAAUUGAAAUAAUUUAAUUUCUGAACAUCAUGUCUGAGCAGCUUGGAGCUGGAUUGGAUAUAGAAGAUGUUCGUGAGGUUUUUGACCUAUUCGACUUCUGGGACGGACGGGACGGAUUGAUAGGUGCGGAAAAGGUUGGCGACCUCUUGCGAUGUCUCGGUCUAAACCCAACAAAGUCGCUCGUCAAAAAAAUGGGGGGCACGGAAAAACCUGGCGAAAAGCAGUUCAGUUUCGAAGAGUUUCUGCCCAUCGUGAAGUCGAUACUGAAAGUGGACGACAUCGGCACAUUUAGGGAAUUUUCUGAGGCCUUCAAAUCCUUUGAUAGGGAAGGCAUGGGUUUUAUCACGGCUGGCGAGAUGAAUUACAUGCUCACUUCAAUGGGUGAGCGCCUUACGGACGAGGAAACAGAUGCCAUCAUGCACGACACAGACACGACCCCCGACAUCGAUGGAAACCUGAAAUAUGAGGAUUUUAUUAAGAAGGUUAUGAAGGGGCACGAGUGGAACAAAUAAACGCCAUGCGUUCGUCACUGUCGGUUAUCUCUGUCUCUGUCUAAAUUUCAUCAAAAAAGUCAUGAAGGGACAUACGUGGAAGAAGUAGAGGGUAUUCCACAGCGUUUUAGCCAGAUAAUCAACAAUCAUGCCUAGUAGUGGUGAUAGCUAACCAUGUGCCUGUAUAUUUUGACAUCAGCAUUCUAGCGACUUUUAUAAACGUACUUUUAACAUUGAUAUUUGAAACAAGCAAGACUCCAGAUGAUAUAGACAUGCAAUACGUAACACAUUGUGAACUCCUGUAUACGCUUUAUGAAUGAAUCAUCUCAACUACGAGCAUACGACCUGAUACCGGGCAAACAGUUUAAAUUGCGUGAAGAUCUCUCAAUGAAUUGACUGCGCUAUUUGUAAACACCAAAGUAUUGUGUCGAACGUGAUCAAUUAAAACAGAAAUUCCAAACAAAUGACAAUCAGUUCUUUGAUCUACCAGUUCGAAAAAGUGAUCGUACUAUACGGUUGAUAAAAAAGGCCUAUAACGUAAAAAUAAGUCAUAAAUGUACAUUUUCAAAAGCAAUUAGUUUUAAAAUAGAUCAUUUACUGCCAGCUUAUCUUCGGAUGCAUGGUUAAGUGUUUUAACCUAAAGGGCACUGAAAUAAUGUAUUAAACAUUUAUAAAAUUGAAUUAUACUUUCGGUAUGCAAUCUAUUCUUUGUAAAAUAUACCAAAAAUGUAGGAUUUGUAAUUUGUAAUUGUACACAGGUAACAAUUGAGUCAUAUAUAGUUUUAUUUCAAAAACACUGAAUUCUCAUUAAUGCAUGUUUUAAAUCGGUAGUGAAUCGAUGUUUAAAACUACAAUGUUAGAAUCAGGUUUAUGGAUAUACUCCAUUUGUUCUGAACGUUUAGAUCCCCAUAUCUAACCUCCGUAGUUUUCUUUUCCCAAUUAGCCCGUAAUGUUAAUGAAUUUACUUGCCCAUACGUACUAAAAUCCCAUUUAAAUUUGGUGAAAUCUCCUUAAACCUACUUUAACCAAACCGAAACUUCAACACCCUUCCGGUAAUAAAAUUGCUGUUCAGAUUGUUGUUGUAUAAAUUAUGAUUAAACAUUCCAAAACAUUCUUAGUACUGGCAGCGAAAUUAACCAUGCAUGCACAACCGCUCUAUUAUCAUGUUUACCAUAUCGUGUGUGUGGAGUCCACUUAUAAUCGACAAUUUCCCGAUUUGGUUUGUUUAGAAUUACCUUUUACCAUAAUCAGUAGUCUUUACAUAUCCCACUUGUGGAAUGUUCAAAACCUGUAGUCUAUGUUACCGAUUUCAUGUUUAAUAUGGCACUGUAAGCAAGCAUUUAUCAUUAUGAUACGGUGACGUUUGUUAUAAUUUAAAAAAAAAAACGACAAAAAAAAUGUUAAGUGUACUUCAAAACCGAAUUUUUAUGCUGGUAGUAUUGGUCUUCGCUCUUGGAAACAUGUUUUUAAGACACGCUUUUGAAAUACAUCAAAUAAAUGCGCAUGAAACAGCGUAUUAAAUUUAAUUUAAUUGGACAUUGCAUUCAUCUAAAUUGUUGGUUCAUUUUCUGUUUUACAAGUUGCGUUCAUUGGUUUCUUCUCAAUAUUUGUCGGUAUAAAGAUUUUUUUUUAACGUUUUGGCAUUUAAUUUACCUUCAUUAUGCCUGUUCAAGUUUCUUACUGCGUAUGUUUUCUGCAUUGUUCACAUAUUCAUAGAGUCAUUAAAGUAGUGGUAUCAUCUGCGCUCUGUUACGUUAGACGCUAUACAUAUAUUUAGAUCUAUUUAUGAAAUCAUAUAUUAUAUAAUGCUAUUAAAUUAUCGAAUUGCA